GAGAGAGAGAGAGAGCGCAAGGCCGGAGGAGAAAUGGCCAACGCCUUGCGUGGGUGCAGCCAAAAGGAUAAGCAGCGGAUGAAAGCAAACUAAGCGACCAGCGACAUAUACACCAAGCAAGUGGGAGAGUUUCCAAGAGAUUGCGAGAGAUAUAAGGAGCAAGCGAGAGAGAGAAAGAGAGAGAGGGAGAAUCGUAAUCCUUACAACUGCAGAGCAGAUAAAAUCACGUAUCCGCCAUGGAGCCAGUGAUGAGUUUGGCGUUGGCCGCCCACGGGCCGCCCAGCAUACUGGAGCCGCUGUUUAAAACCGCAACCACGAGCACAACGACCACCACGACCACGACGACAAGCACGACGACGACGACAAGUAGUCCAGCGGGUCUAUCGCCCACGGGCACAACCCUGCUGACGGCACUGCUGGAGAACCUAACGACAACGGCGGCCAGUGGGAUGUAUGAUCCAUAUGGAGGUGGAUAUGGCAAUGGAACGAAUGGAACCAUGGGCUUUGAGACAAAGGGACCGCGGUAUUCACUGGCCUCCAUGGUGGUCAUGGGCUUCGUGGCGGCGAUUCUGAGCACGGUGACAGUGGCGGGCAAUGUUAUGGUGAUGAUAUCCUUUAAGAUCGACAAGCAACUGCAGACGAUCAGCAACUACUUCCUGUUCUCGCUGGCCAUUGCGGAUUUUGCCAUUGGUGCGAUAUCGAUGCCGCUGUUUGCGGUGACCACCAUUCUGGGCUAUUGGCCAUUAGGACCGAUUGUCUGCGACACUUGGCUGGCCCUCGACUAUUUGGCCUCGAACGCCUCGGUGCUGAAUCUGCUGAUCAUUAGUUUCGAUCGGUAUUUCAGUGUGACCCGACCGCUGACAUAUCGUGCCAAGAGGACAACCAAUCGAGCGGCUGUGAUGAUAGGUGCCGCCUGGGGUAUUAGUUUGCUCCUGUGGCCUCCUUGGAUCUACAGUUGGCCAUAUAUCGAGGGCAAGCGAACGGUGCCCAAGGACGAGUGCUACAUACAGUUCAUUGAGACGAAUCAGUACAUUACAUUUGGCACGGCACUGGCGGCCUUCUAUUUUCCGGUGACCAUAAUGUGUUUCCUGUACUGGCGCAUUUGGCGUGAGACGAAGAAGCGGCAGAAGGAUUUGCCAAAUCUGCAGGCGGGCAAGAAGGACUCCAGCAAGCGUUCCAAUAGCAGUGAUGAGAACACAGUGGUGAAUCAUGCUUCUGGCGGACUGCUGGCCUUUGCCCAAAUGGGCGGCAACGACCACGACACUUGGCGACGGCCGCGCUCUGAGAGCUCAGCGGAUGCGGAGAGUGUCUAUAUGACCAAUAUGGUCAUCGAUUCCGGGUACCAUGGGAUGCAUUCACGCAAAUCAAGCAUCAAAAGCACCAAUACAAUCAAAAAGUCAUAUACCUGCUUCGGCAGCAUCAAGGAGUGGUGCAUCGCGUGGUGGCACUCCGGACGCGAGGAUUCCGAUGACUUUGCCUACGAACAGGAGGAGCCGUCUGAUUUAGGAUGCACCUCGAUGAACGUGAUGCGGGACAACUACUCGAUGGGCGGCAGCGUUAGCGGCGUACGACCGCCCAGCAUUCUCUUGUCGGAUGUCUCGCCCACGCCGCUGCCACGACCACCGCUCGCCUCCAUCUCGCAGCUGCAGGAAAUGAAUGUGAAUGCGAGUGCGAGUGCGGCCAGUGGGAAUGUGAAUGUGAAUUCGAAUGCAAUGGCGAUUGCGAACCCCAAUUCCAAUGGCAACAUCAAUAACAAUCACAACAACAACCACAAUGCGAACGGCAUUGGCACUGCGGCGAAUGGAAAUGGCGGCGGCACUGGAGGCGGUGGCGGAAACGGAAGUGCCGCAACGGCACGCGACUUACGCACACUGCCCGUGAUCAAUCGCAUCAACUCGCGUUCGGUGAGCCAGGAUUCCGUAUACACGAUACUCAUCCGGCUGCCCUCCGAUGGUGCCUCCAGCAAUGCGGCCACUGCGGCCAAUGGGGCCAAUGCAUCGGCAUCGGCGGCAGCGGCAGCAGCAUCGACAUCCUUGAGCCUGCAAGGCGACUGUGCACCCUCCAUCAAGAUGAUACACGAGGAUGGGCCAUCAACGACGGCGGGCGGGAAUCCGAACGCGAAUGCGACAGGGCCACCGGCCACCACGCGACGACCAUUGGCCUCGCGCGACUCCGAGUUCAGUCUGCCACUUGGACGAAGGAUGUCGCAUGCCCAGCACGAUGCUAGGCUCCUCAACGCCAAGGUUAUACCCAAGCAGUUGGGCAAGGGCGGUGGCGUUGUGGGCGGGGCGGCUGGGGCUCAUGCCCUCAUGAAUGCUCGGAAUGCGGCCAAAAAGAAGAAGAAAUCGCAGGAGAAGCGGCAGGAAUCGAAGGCGGCCAAGACGCUUUCGGCCAUCUUGCUUAGUUUCAUCAUCACAUGGACGCCAUAUAAUAUCCUGGUUCUGAUCAAGCCGCUAACCACCUGCUCCGACUGCAUACCAACGGAGCUGUGGGACUUCUUCUAUGCGCUGUGCUACAUCAACUCGACGAUCAACCCCAUGUGCUAUGCCCUGUGCAAUGCCUCGUUCCGCAGGACCUACAUACGGAUCCUCACCUGCAAGUGGCAUACCCGCAAUCGCGAGGGCAUGGUGCGCGGCGUCUACAACUAGAUCUAUCUAUAGAUAUAUAUAUAUAUAUAUAAUUACACAGACCUUAAUACAUGUUCAACACUCCCCCCAGAGUCCGGUUAAGCUACUAGUAGUUGCAAUAAGUGUUGUGCGGGCUUAAGUUUGGAGGAGUUUAAGGAGGAGAAGUUUCCAAGGAGUUCGGCGGCGAGUAAACCAAAACUACGCUUAGUGAUUACCCAUUGACAAGCAGUACUGAUUUUUUGAUGUCUAGCCCCCGACUUUAUACACAGAAACAUAUAUAUAUAUAGAACACGAAUAUCCCAAAUUCCGGGAGGGUUGCCCAGCAAUGAUUUGGAAGGAUAAAGGUUUGAAGGAAACGAGAUUAGUUUAUUGUUAUCUAAGAGGUUUACCUUCUCCUUCGGUUAAGUUCUCAUUCCUAAAUCCAUGUUCAACCUAAGAAGUUCGACCAACUGCUUCCAAGUAUGCCAAAGAUCUCAUUUAGGUAUCCUUAGAUUUAAAGUGAUUCCCAAGAAGGGGGCAGCCCUCCCUCCCAGCACCUGGCCAUGUUCCCCAGAGAAGCGAAAAAGAAGCUAAAAAGCAACAGAUUCCAUUUUGUUAGGCGAUUAUGUACUGUUAGGUAGGCACAUGCUCCAUGCAAGAAGAAUUUAAUACAAAUAUAAUGGAUUACGAUUUGGAAUUCAUAUAUAUUAUAUAUAUAUACAACAUAUAUAUUAUUAUACACAUGGCAAAUGAGUUAGCUUAAGUUGUUAGCGGCGAGGCUGGAGAAGUCGGGCGAAACCAAAAAAGCUUUAAUACAAGUUCAAAGUAGGAAGAGGAAUAUGUUCCGCUGGCAACGAAUCGCAGCGCAGAUCGGAUCUCGGAAGGAGGUUGCACCUUGGCCAACCAAUGGAAUCGUUCUGUUCUCGUUCCGAUUUUCGUUGUGUCAGUUGGGGGGUAAAUAUUAUAUAUUAUAUUAUAUAUAUA